AUGUCAUCAAGCGUCCGAAUAAAACCGAAGACUGCAAUACAGAAGACAUCUUCUCCUUUGCCUUGCUCUCCAGAACCUGCAGCUAAACCACAGCCAAAACCUAGUGACAAACUGAAUCCUAAAACUAUUGAUCCGUUUGGUGAUCAUUCUAGAGCCCCUUCUGCCUUUGCUGCUAUUUAUGCUAAAGGUGGCGUUCCAUGCAGGUUAAUGCAUGGCGCAGUAAAGCACAGACUACAAUGGGAACGUGUUCCUGAAACUCUGCCUUUUGAUCCUCUUCUUAUAACUUUGGCAGAGGGCCUGAGAGAGACAAGACAUCCCUACACAUUUGUUUCAAAGGAAGGUUUUAAAGAAUUGCUUUUGGUUGAAGAUGCUGCUGAAAAAGCAGUUCCCUUGUUGCCUCGUCUGGUUCCAGUAUUAAAGGCUGCAUUGGCCCAUUCAGAUGAUGAGGUAUUUGAAAGAGGAUUGGAUGCUUUAGUUCAGCUGAGUGCUGUUGUUGGCUCUUCUCUUAAUGAUCACCUUAAGCUUCUACUCACAAAUCUUUCAAGGAGAUUAAUGGACAAGAAAUUUAAAGAAAAAAUCACUACUGCUUUACAAAAGUUGGAGCAAUGUGGUGGACAGGCAACUGUUGCUAUCAUCAAAUCAAAAAUUCCAACCUAUUGUUCGGUCAACUCUUGA